CUCCAGUUAGCAUUCUUCUGUCAAUCUUGUCUCAUUUAAACAGUUUCUGGGAGUUUUGAAAAGGAAAAGAACUCAGAAGAAGAUGGAGCUGACAUGGACAGGAGUUCUGCUUCUUCUCUGUAUAUUUUUCACCCUUAUCUCAUCUUUCAAAAUGUACAAGAAAAAAGGGCAGCUGCCCCCUGGACCUACUCCAUGGCCUAUUCUGGGGAACCUCUUUCAGCGAGAUGUACUACCUUUAUAUAAACAUUAUCAAAAGCUUGCUGAUAAAUAUGGACCUGUAUUUACUGUCUGGAAUGGAUCAAUACCAAUGAUUGCUCUUUGUGGGUACGAGGUGGUAAAAGAUGCUUUGGUAGAUCAUUCAGAAGAAUUUGGUGGGCGAAUUGAUAUACCUGCUGUUAGGCGAAUAUUCCAAAAUAAAGGUCUGACCACUACUGAUGAGAAGAAAUGGAGGGAACUGCGACGGUUCACACUGUCCACCUUGAGAGAUUUUGGGAUGGGGAAGAAAAAAAAGUCUGAGAGGGUGCAGGAGGAAGCCCUUUGUCUGGUAGAGGAAAUAGCUACCACAAAAGGGCAGCCUUUCAACCCAAGGAGAAUUUUUGCAAGUGCUGUUUCUAAUGUGAUUUGUGCAGUCAUUUUUGGCAAUCGAUUUGAUUACAAAGAUAAAGCCUUCAUAGAGAAGCAGAAGAUUAUUGAGUCUCAAAUACGACAUUCUGUUAGUUUCUUAGGAAUGGUAUACAAUACGUUUCCAAAAAUAGUGGAAUUCUUUCCUGGGCCACACAAAAACAUUUUUGCUGAAAUUGAAAGUAUCUGUGAUUAUAUCCAUGAGAAAGUGGAUUUGCACCAAAAGACGUUGGAUCCCCAGAACCUGCGUGACUAUAUUGAUUGCUUCCUUCUUAGACUGGAGAAGGAGCAGAACCCAUCUGAAGGUAUCUACACUCUUGAAGAUCUUGUGAUUAUGGUAUAUGGACUCUUUAUUGCUGGGACAACAACCACAAGCCACGCUUUGCUUUGCAGCCUUCUAGUGAUGGCUGAAUUGCCACACAUUCAAGCUAAAGUGCAACACGAAAUUGAUGAGGUGAUAGGUACAAAUCGCACUCCAAGCAUGGAAGACCGGUUGAAGAUGCCUUUCACAAAUGCCGUUAUUCAUGAAGUUCAGCGACAUCAGAAUGGGACUCUUGAGACCUAUCCCCGGGCAACAACUUGUGACAUCAAGUUCCAUGGUUACACCAUUCCCAAGUGUAUGGCUAUUGUGCCAGUUUUCUCCUCUGUACAUUUUGACCCUCUUCAUUGGGAGACUCCAGAGAAGUUCAAUCCCAAUCAUUUUUUGGAUGAAAAUGGCCAGUUCAGGAAAAAGGAUGCUUUCAUGCCAUUCUCAGCAGGGAAGAGGGCCUGUCCAGGGGAGGCCCUGGCUAGGAUGGAGCUGUUCCUGUUCUUCAGUGCUUUGCUCCAGAAUUUCACCUUCUCUCUGGUUGGGGACACCAAAGAUACGGAUGUAAUGUCUUUCUUGAAGGACUUCAGAAAUAAUCAAUACCCCCUUAUACGAGCUGUUAAACGUUCAGUGGACACUUGUGGUCAAUAAUUAGGAGAAAGUACCUACAUUAAUAGAUACUCAAAUAAAGCAUGUGGGGUGAUUAUUACAUUUAAAGGCAAUCUUAACAAUGAUGUGGAAUACAAAUAUAAUAUUAACAAUUAACAAUACUUCUGAAAUUCUUAAUAGCUUUUUUUCCUAAACUAUAUUCAUCAAAUUUUCAAAAUAUAAUUUGUACUGGAGAUUUAAUCAUACAAGGGUCUCAGUUAGAAGUAUUAUUGCAAAUUGAUGUUGUGGACUAAUCUAUAUUUGAAGGUAACAAGGAAGAUCUUGUAUUGUACACUUUGGCUAAAUGCAAGGUUGAGUCACCUUCUGUUGUUAUCUAAUGGUUGUUUAAAAGACUGACAGACUGAGUAUUGUAUAUGAUUAAACUAUAAUAUUUGCUAUA